AUGGCAUCCGGUCUCCUCACGCUCUCCCGGACCUCCGCAGUCGUCGGAAUCGGCCUCGGCUUGUCCUUCUCUAUGCUCCCUUCCUCCCCCUUUCGCGCCCUCCCUAUGAAAUGCGAUUAUACAGCUCCCUACAGCAGACCCGAGUCUACAGAUACUGCCUGGGCCGUUCACCCCCAAGAUCCACAGGUGAAGAAGCAGGGAACGACUGUGCGCCAAACGGGGAUAUUAACAGCCUCGAACAUGCGACAAGUGAGCAUGGGGAGUGUGCUGGGUCUGGUGGUUGGAGUCGGGUUGAGAGCAUUUUCUCGGGUUCUGGUCGUACUUUUUGGCAUGGGAAUUGUAGCAAUUGAGUGGGCUGCUUCGAAAGGGUACAAUAUCCUUCCUGUGCACCGACUGCAGAGAUAUGUAAAAUCCGUCAACCUUGAGAAGAUGGUCUCACGGCAUGUGCCGUUCAAGCUCAGUUUUGGUGCCACCAUGGCUCUGGCAGCUUUUGCCCAAUUCUAA